AAGUUUUUAUUACACAUCGAAAGAAACCUUCGUUCAGAUUGUCGCCUUUCUGAAUCUUCUAGAACGAUGAAGCUUGCACUCGUGGUUCCAAUAAUGCUGGCGCAUUUUCUUGUCACCGACGCCUGUACUGAGAUUAGAUUGACCGCCGAGGACAAAACUGUUGUAAUCGGGCGGAGCAUGGAGUAUAUUUUCGAUCUCCUGCCGAAUGUCGUGGUGGAGCCAAAGGAUCACCCCCAUACUGUAGAGCUGCCAGAGACGUGUUCCCCUACUUCACCAGCAAUAUCCUGGACCAAUAAAUACAAGAUCAUUUACCUUGACGCUUGGGAGAUGCCUUACGCAACUGACGGCCUAAAUGACGCUGGACUUUCCGCGGGUGCACUCUUGUUUCCUAGUUUUACCAAAUACCAGACCGUCCCCAAAGACAAAUGUGGUGCGGCCAUUUCCAACUCGGCGUUCCAAUCAUGGAUUCUAGGCAACUUCGCAACUGCUCAAGAGGUGCGAGAGGCUUGGAAAAAGGACUCGUUCCCACUUGUGUGGGGACAAUCUAUGAACGGGUUCAUCUCUGAAUUACACUGGUCUAUCAACGACAAAACUGGUGACGGCGUCGUUAUUGAGUACACCGAACAGGGACCAAAACUGUACGAUAAUACAAUUGGUGUCGUCACCAACUCCCCACCCUAUGACUUCCAAGUGAUGAACCUCCGCAAUUACGUCCAACUUUCCAAGUUCGCCCAUGAUCCUUUGGUUUUGGGUAAAACAACGUUCCCUCCCACUGGCCAAGGAAGUGGACUCCUUGGUGUCCCAGGAGAUUUCACUCCCCCUUCGAGACUAGUACGUUCUGCGGCUAUGGUGCACUUUGCUAAUCCAGUCAAGAAAAGCGAUGAGGCGGUGAACUUGGCUUUCCACAUCAUGAACACUGUUGAUAUUCCUCGCGGAGUCUCUUCAUCCCAUGAUCAUGAAAGUACGCCAGGCUACACUUCGUGGGUUGUGGUCAAGGACCUCACCAACAUGGCAAUGUACUUUCGCACUUAUGAAGAUCUCACUAUCCGUGUGGUGUAUCUUGACAAAUUAACCCCUAGCGAGAAGUUGAAAUUCAAGAUUGGAGGCCCUGUUGGCGGCUUUGUAGACGUAACCGGAGAUCUUAAGCCUGCUCAUGCGCGUACUGAACUUUAAGGAAGCUUUUUGUUUCAGCGUCCAAUUCAGUUAGGUAACUUACAUGAGGUAUAUGAACUGAAACGCGCGCUCGAUUUCAAUGUUUAUCCCGCUUGGGGCUUUACUGUGCUGGUGUUGGGAAUAGUCAUUUUUUGAAGCGAAGGUGUUUUUAAGGAGAUCUUAGGAUGGGUCUCUUAAAUGUAAUUCUUGUCGUUUUGAAAUAAAAGUCUUUAUCAUU